GCGGCGCUGUGCCGGGGGGUGCGGGCUGAGCUCAUCGCUGGCUCCCCGGCGCUUCUUACCAGUGGCUUCUGCGGUCACAUGGGUUAUGUGCUGGAGUUUAAAAGAGCUUAUAGCCCCCGAGCCGGUGCAGAAGCAGCCGGUGGUUGCAUGGGGUAGAGCAGGGAGCGGCGGCGAGCAGGGCACCAAACUCCCAGAUCCGAGUGACGGGGUUCAGCCAAUCGUGAGCAACCAGAAGAAUCCCGGAGCCUUUGAUGAUAAAUAGGGGACUCCCCCAGGACUCAGGACCGGUGGAGAGAUGGCCAAUCCUGUCCCGUCAGCCUGCUGCGUGGUGCUCGCCGCGGUGGUGGUGGUGUAUGCUCAGAGGCACAGCCAGGACAUCCACAUCCAGUAUGAGCGGGUAGGUGCCGACGUGACCAUGAAGUGUGGCUCCAUGGACUGGGAUGCAGCUGUGACCUGGACGGUCAAUGGCACUGACAUUGAUGACUCCCACCUGAACGGGUCGUACCUGAUCCUGAAGAAAGUGGACCUGACUCAGAACGGCCAGUACUCAUGCUACGAGGGCUCUUCCUGGCAUCUCAAGUACCAGACCUUCCUUAGGGUGGGAGUCCCUCCAAAAGAGCCAGUGCUGAUGUGUCGGUCCAACAACUACCCGAAGGGUUUCUACUGCAGCUGGCACCUGCCCAGCCCCACCUACAUCCCCAACUCCUUCAACAUCUCUGUCAUACAUGGCACGAGAGAGAUGGUCUGUGAAAAGGACAUCUUCCCCAAAAACAGGUGUCACAUCAGAUACCUCCAGCUCUUCUCAACAGUGAAGUACAAGGUUACUCUGACCGUCACGAAUGCUCUGGGCAAAAACUCCACCACUCUCACCUUUGACGAGUUCGCCAUAGUAAAGCCGGAUCCUCCAGAGAGCGUGGUGGCCAAGCCUGUGCCCAAUAACCCAAGGCGGCUGGAAGUGUCAUGGCAGAACCCCUCAUCCUGGCCCGACCCUGAGUCCUUCCCCCUCAAGUUCUUCCUGCGUUAUCGGCCCCUCAUCCUGGACCAGUGGCAGCACGUCGAGCUGUCGGAUGGCACGUCACACACCAUCACAGAUGCCUAUGCUGGCAAGGAGUACAUCAUCCAGGUGGCCGCCAAAGACAACGACAUCGGCACGUGGAGCGACUGGAGCGUGGCUGUGCAUGCCACCCCCUGGACGGAGGAGCCCAAGCACCUCACCACGGAGGUUCAGAUCACAGAGACGACGAGCACCAGCACUUCCUCUUUCAUGCCGCCCCCCACCACCAAGAUCUGCGACAAGGGGGCCGGAGUGGGCAGUGGCGCCGUGGCAGUGUGUUGGACAGCUGGACUGGUCUUGGCUGCCUAUGGUGUCCUCUUUAUUUAAUCCCCAUCUGUCGCAGCCCAGCGGAGACAACCUCCCACAGCCACCGCCACCUCCACCACCACCCUCCCUCCGCACCCUGCCCGUUCUGAGUCUCUUUAUCUCUUCGAUUUUGCACACGUUGAGGACGUAUCACGCUUCUCGCCAUCGCUGCGGAGGAGGACAGAGCCACCAUCCCCCCUCCAGGAGGACCUGCCCCAAAAAUCCUCGCCGAGAGCCCGGAGCGAGGACAUGCACGUGUCCCCAUGUCACCCACUCCGCCCCACUCUCGCAAGGCGCAACGCGCCCGGGCACCGUGCCGCAGCCCCGGAUCCCGCGGGCCAGCCCCGCCAUCGCUCAUACAGCUAACCCGCCAUGCCAAAGACGUGCCAGCGCCGCGCCGCCGGGACGCGGGUGACAGAGAUGGCGCGCUCGGAAGAGGGGAUGGGAAACGGGGACGGGGAUGGAGGGAUGCUCUCAACCUGCGGCCAAAGGGGGCACCCCGAGGACCGGACUCACUCCCCCCUGAGCUCUUGAUGGCGUGGAAAAGCUGGAGGGGUGCAGGAUGAGGGCUCGGUCCCCUCCGAGGGGAUGGUGGAGGGAUGAACUGGUGGCUUUCAGGAGUGCAAUGGGGAUUCGGGAGCUGGCUCGGUUUUCAUGGGGAUAAAAGGGGAUCAAAACAGCGACAAAAGCCUAGGCUCCCCCCAGCAGCCCCUUGCAGAGCAUCGCGGAGCCUGCCCCUCCAGCCAGCGCCCAGCAGCACCCAGAGGAGCCUUCACCUCCCCGUCCCCACGCCCCCACUCUCUUUCAACCACGUUGGAUACAGGGAAUCACCUCCAUCAACAUCUUUGUCUUACUCUUCAGCAAAAUAAGAAUAGCUUUGCCGUCCCCUUAGAGCUGGAGCCCCGAAGACCUGCCCCCCAGUGUCCCUGGCUGUCCCAGUCGCACUCUGCUCUCCUCCCCGUCCCGCCCAGGCCCUGUUUUGUAAAGACAGCUCCUCUUGUCCCUGCCCAAACCCGAGCGCAGUAUUUAAUACCGUACGUCCUAGUAUUCCAACUGUUGACAUGCUGUAUUUGAAUUUUUUAUAGAUGUAUAUAUAUAAAAAAAAAACAAAAAAAAACAAAAAAAAAAAAAAAGAAAGAAACAAACAAAAAAAAUAAUGGAGGGAAGAAAAAAAUAAAGCCCACACAGACACACGCACACACACACACGCGCGCCAGGAGAGACGGUCUUCAUUAAAUGAUCAUUUCAUGA